UAGUACUACUAAACUUGUUAUAUAUACAAAACAACAAAAUCCCAUUUUCCAGAACAACAUACACAUACAAGUUAUUACUAAGUAAUAGCUAAACUCACAAGUACUUGUCUAAAAAGCUAAGAGACAUUAGUAAUGGAGUCCAUAAAUAUUUUAAAACCAAUUAAAACAAAGGCAAAACCAAUUGAAAAAGAAGUAUGUGAAGAAGAGCCAUUGAGUCCAUCAUCAAGGUUACUUCAUGAACCCAACUUCAAUGUCCACAUACUCUCCAUAAUGGCCACCAAAUCAAGAAUUAACCCUCAAGCUAUCAAGCACCAAUGGAUCCCUAAUUUUGUUAACCAUCCUCGUUUCUGCAGCCUCAUGGUGGUGGAUGAGAAAAAUAAGGGAGUAAUGAAAUGGGUGAGGACAAAGGUGGACAUUGAUAAGCACAUUGUGGUGCCUCAAGUGAACGAACAAGACCUCCAAGAAACACCAGAAAAAUUCGUGGAGAAUUAUAUUCGGAACCUUAGUACAACAACUCUUGACAAAUCGAAACCUCUCUGGGAUCUCCAUCUUCUCAACGUUAAAACAUUGGAUGCUGAGGGCGUCGCGGUUUUAAGAAUGCACCAUUCACUUGGAGAUGGCACAUCUCUUAUGUCCCUUUUACUAGCUAGUACUCGCCAAACAGCUCAUCCUGAUAAGCUUCCAACUAUUCCUGGAACUAAAAACAGGGCUAUCAAUUUGGAACAUAACCAGUACUAUUCGAUGAGAGGAUUAUUAUGGCGAUAUUUUGUAUUGAUUUGGUUUUACAUGAGGAUGUUUUGGAACACAAUAGUGGAUGUGUUGAUGUUUUUGUCCACGACAAUGUUCUUGAAGGACACAAAUACGCCAAUUAAGGGCAGGCCAGGUUCUGAGUUUAAUCCUAGGCGAUUUGUUCACAGGGUACUGAGUCUUGAUGAUAUGAAAUUGGUGAAAAAUGCAUUGAAUAUGACAAUAAAUGAUGUCGCAUUGGGAGUAACACAAGCUGGUUUGUCUGUUUAUCUCAAUAGGAGAUUUGGUGAGGGCAGGAAAGACAAAGGAGCAACAGAGAAAACCAAUAAUCUCCCUUGCAACGUAAGACUUAGAUCAAGUCUUCUUAUAAACUUAAGACCAACACCUGGAAUUCAGGCUUUAGCUGACAUGAUGGACAAGAAUACUGAGGCAAAGUGGGGCAAUUGGGUUGGUUCUGUCCUUUUACCAUUUAAAAUUGCAUUACGAGACGAUCCCUUAGUUUAUGUCAAAGAAACUAAGGCAACCAGUUUUCGUAAGAAAAAUUCUCUUGAAGCUAUCUAUACAUGUUACAUCUCCAAAUUAAUACUCAAGCUGUUUGGGAUUAAGACAUCAAGUUCAAUGUCGCACAGAAGUUUGAUCAAUACAACAGUGGCCUUCUCUAAUUUGGUGGGUCCUCAAGAGGAAAUUAGCUUUGGUGGGCACCCUAUGGUUUACCUUGCACCCACUUCUUAUGGCCAGCCUCAAGCUCUGAUGAUUAAUUUCCAAAGCUAUGUAAACAAAAUGACCAUGGUUCUAUCAGUAGACGAAAACGUGAUUCCUGAUCCACAUCAACUUCUAGACGAUCUUGAACAAUCUCUAAAGCUUAUCAAGAAUGCUGUGGUAGAAAGAGGUCUUUGUCAGGAAUAA